GGCGGGACCUCGGAUCGCGGGCUGCGGGCGAUGGGCUCCCUGCAGCGCUCCAGCCUGUGUCUCUCCUGGAAAAGAAUCCUUUGCAUCAUUUUCCUGCCACCUGUCUUAUCAGGUUUUGCUCCUCCGGUGAAAGAUAAGGAGGAUUUUCUAUUUGCAAAUGCACAGCUACAACCAGCCCAGUACAGGUUUAAUUGGUCUUACCUGACCCCCCUCAACCUGAUGGACCGAUCUGUGGGACUUCAGACUGAAAGCAGAGUUGGAAGUAAGCCAUACUUCACCCUUGGAGGUCACAAGUUUCUGAUUUUCGGGGGCUCCAUCCACUAUUUCCGGGUGCCCAGGGAGUACUGGAGGGACCGCUUGCUGAAGCUGAAGGCCUGUGGCUUCAACACCCUUACCACCUAUGUUCCAUGGAACCUCCAUGAGCCCCAAAGAGGCAAAUUUGACUUCUCUGGCAACCUGGACCUGGACUGGUUGCUGCAAGACCCUAAGAUGGUAUUGAGAACAACCUACAAGGGCUUUGUUGAAGCAGUUAAUAACUAUUUUGACCACCUGAUUUCCAGAGUCGUUCCUCUCCAGUUUCGCAAGAGAGGCCCCAUCAUUGCAGUGCAGGUGGAAAAUGAAUAUGGUUCAUUUGCCAAGGAUAAAGAUUACAUGCCUUAUGUUCAGAAGGCCCUGCUGGAAAGAGGGAUUGUGGAACUGCUCAUGACCUCGGAUGAUGCAAAACAUGUGCUACAAGGCUACAUAGAAGGAGUUCUGGCCACCAUCAAUAUGAACACAUUUCAGAUGAAUGAUUUCAAGCAGCUUUCUCAGGUGCAGAGGAAUAAACCUAUUAUGGUCAUGGAAUUCUGGGUCGGCUGGUUUGACACAUGGGGAAGCGAACAUAUCGUUAAAGAUGCUGGAGAUGUUGAGGAUGCUGUGUCCAAAUUUAUCACAUCUGAAAUUUCUUUCAAUAUAUAUAUGUUCCAUGGUGGAACCAACUUUGGUUUCAUGAAUGGGGCCACAUAUUUUGGGAAACACAGAGGUGUUAUCACUAGUUAUGACUAUGAUGCUGUGCUGACAGAGGCUGGGGAUUACACAGAAAAAUAUUUUAAGCUUCGAAAACUCUUUGGAUCUGUUGUAGCAAUGCAUCUGCCCCCUAUACCCAAGCUCUCUUCCAAGGCUGAGUAUCCUGCUGUGAAACCAUCCCUUUACUUGCCACUGUGGGAUGUUCUACAGUACUUAAAUAAGCCUCUUAUAUCUCAUACACCAGUCAACAUGGAGAGCCUCCCUAUAAACAAUGGGAAUGGCCAGUCCUAUGGAUUCGUGCUUUAUGAGACUUCCAUCUGCUCUGGAGGUUUUCUCCAAGCUAAUGUUCAAGAUACAGCACAGGUGUUUUUGAAUGAGAAAAAUAUAGGACUUCUGAGUGAUAAUAUUAAGGAGUUGAACAUCCCUAAAAUAAUGGAAUGUCAACUUCUAAGGAUCCUGGUGGAGAAUCAAGGACGGGUCAGUUUUUCAUGGAAAAUUCAAGACCAGCGGAAAGGAUUAACUGGACCUGUCACCAUUGAUAACGUUCCCUUGAAUGGUUUCAUUAUCUACUCUCUGGAAAUGACAAUGAGCUUCUUUGAAAGGCUCCGCUCUGCCAGCUGGAGGAGGCCUGUCCCAAAGAGCUAUUCAGGCCCUGCCUUCUACCUUGGUACCUUGAAGGCUAACUCUUCACCCAAGGACACCUUCCUGAGACUACCUAACUGGAAUUAUGGAUUUGUGUUCAUCAAUGGACGUAACCUUGGGCGAUAUUCAAUUAUGGGACCUCAGGAAACACUUUACCUCCCAGGUGCCUGGCUUCAUCCAAAAAACAAUGAGAUCAUCUUGUUUGAGAAAACAAAGAGUGGUUCAUACAUCAAAACUAUAGGUGGCCCCAAGCUGUAAGACUGUGUUAUGGCAUAUUUCAUAGAUUGUUGGAACUCACCUACAAGUAGUUUUUUAAUAGGAAGAUUUAUGCUGAGAAAGUCAGUGUUGCCUACAAUAGCAGAAAUGUAAAAAGAACCUAAAAAAUCAACAGGGAAUUUGUUAUGAGUAUUAUGGUAUAUCCAUGGCAUGCCUAUUUUUAGGCUUUAACAAAUCUUCAAAGUCUUUAAUAACUGAUUUACCCAGUUAGAUGCCUAAUAUUUAGCAUAUACUUAUUCUCUAAUCAAAUGUGCCCUUAGGUAUAUGUGAAUAAAAUAAUCGCAAAUUUUA